AUGGCUCAAACGAGCGGUAUCAGCACAAGCAGUCCCGACAGUCCCAGUGUGGACAUCAUGACCUGCAAGGCCUGCCGUCGCUUCGACAUCUGCGCCAAGUCUACAGUUUGCAUCAGCAUGUCUAGCGGCACCUCGCAGUCCGUGGUCGAGAAAUACCGCUACGAAAUCCUCUUUGGCACGUGGCUCGCCGUCACGGGCGCGACGUUUCUGCGCAUCAAGCGCCAGCCAUACAGCACCAGCCUGAAGAUUGAGCAGUACGAAAGCAUCUUCAAGGGCACCUCGCUCAGCGCUGUCCUCAUCGGCAUCGGCAUCACGCCGGCGCGCAGCACCGCGAGGCGCUUUACCGGCAACUAG